GAUUGGUGUUUUGCUUGGCUGCUUUUCUAAAACUAACUAAACCCUUAUAAAUAGCUGGGGGUACCUAUCCAUGAAUGUUAAAGCAUCUUAUAAUCAAAUAUUGAUAGCCACUGACUCGCUAGACGGUGAUUUAAAAGUGCGAAGAAUGGACGAGCUUUAUGGAAUUUCAUUGAGAGGUUAUGUUAACGAACUCACAGAGUGGCGCGAUAAAAACCCACAACUUUCUCUCAAUCAGAAAUUUACAGUUCAUGGUAGAACCCCUUUACACAUAGCUGCUAUGUGCGGCCAUGUCAAGUUUGCAGAAAAACUUUGCAGUUUUGACACCCGACUGACAACGGAGGUGGACUCGCAUCGACUUACUCCUCUUCACUUGGCUGCUGCAAGACCAAGCCUUUCUAUGGUGAAGCAGUUGUUAGAAGCCAACAGGGAUGUUUGUAUGGAAAAAGAUAAAGAUGGACGAACACCUCUAUAUUUAGCAGUAAUGCAAGAUCGACAUAAGAUCAUGCGUGAAUUAAUUAAGAAGAAGCCCGAAGCGUAUCACAUCCUGUAUGAUCAAAAUCAGACGAUACUGCACCUCUGCGUCAAACAUGGCUGUUUGAUUUCCCUAAAAUUGUUAAUGGCAAAGGACUUGCCACAUGGGGAGGCACUGUCUGAGGGCUUGAAUGCUAUAUCAAUUGACUCCAAAGACGAUGAUGGGAACACAUUUUUGCACCUUGCUGCAAAAAGUAAGCAAGCGGAGUGUAUAAAGUUUCUAGUUGAUGACAAGAAUACCGGAAUCGAAGUCAAUGCCAUAAACAAUGACAACGUCAAGGCAUUUGAUAUGUUACCACAACAAGAAAGAGAUAGUCUUGAAAUUGGCUGCUUUCUUUGGGAGAAGAAAGAGGAAAUACAUAAAGAAUGGUUGAAAGAGAGAGUGAGUGCAUUAAUGGGGGUUGCAACAUUAAUUGCAGCAAUUGCUUUUCAAGCAGCUAUGAAUCCAACCGGUGGUGUUUUUCAAGAAGACUCCUACGUCGAUGCUCGUGAUAAACCGGUUACAACCAUCUGCAACCAAUUAAUAUUACCCAUCGCCAGAGAUCCACAAAGCUUACUAAAACAACCACUUCUGUCAGUAAGUUGUUAGGAACACUAAACAAUGCUUCUUAUGGUCAUGAUAAUCCUUAUGUGGUGAGCAAAUGACUCGGUAUUGUUAUGGAAAACGAAAAGUGGAUCCCUAUAAUAUCCGAACAUAAGCGUAAUUCAUAAGUAUGACUCCCCUCUUUUACGAUAAUAAGUUAACUUUAGCAUGGUCAUCAAUUGGGGGCGCUGGAAUUCUGUGGUUUAACAUGUUUGGGUACCUGAUGAUCCUCCGGAAGUGGAACUAUUGGAAGCAGAAGAUAAAGUUGCACAUCAUGAAGGAAGAAGUGUUAAUAGAUCAGUUACAUAAAGAGAGCAGUGCUCCAUAUAAAUUCGUAUCAGAACCAUUUAUGUCAAGGAUUCUGGCGCUUUUUUAUAUGUUUGCUCUGGCCCCUGGUCUCUUUCUUAUUUUAUAUAGCUUUUACAGAAACUGAGUAUGUAACUGCACUGGCCCCUGGUACCUGGUAUGCUAUGGUUACAUUCCUCUUGCGUAUAUAAAUAAAUGCUAGCUCGUGAGUUUCUAAGUUGGUCAUGUUGCACUUCCUUUGUUGUUUUUUCCUUUGUUGAAAGACAAAUGUAUUAGAUAAGGAUCGGGCAAUGCAAGAGCUUCUUGGAGGGAAGAGAUCAG